UUCGGCGCUGACGAUUUGCCGGCCUUGCAAGGCCUUUUUUCCUAUCUGAUAGACUGCUCGAAAUAUGCCUCGCAAUGGCUUUGCUGCUGGUACAGCAUCCCCCCUUACUCACCAGAGCGAAAUAACCGGCACGAUGUCUCGUCUUUAUCAGCGAUCGUACCCCGUGCUGGACACUAUCGCGCUGGCGUGUAUUGUCGGUUUUUGGAUAUUGAUACAACUAUUUGUUACCCCCUUCCACCGCAUGUUCUCCUUGGACAACAAGGCAAUCCAAUAUCCCUUCGCCGUCGUCGAGAGAGUUCCAGUCGUCUGGUCCAUUGUAUAUGCCGGUGUCAUUCCUUUCCUGAUCCUCCUCGUUUGGGCUGCGACGUUUCGACCCUCCCCUCACAAAGUUCAAGUCACCCUGUUGGGCUUCUUGAUCGCUGUCAUGUUGACAUCACUGAUCACUGAUAUAAUCAAGAACUCUGUUGGUCGACCGCGGCCGGAUUUGAUUUCGCGCUGCCUUCCCAAGAAGGGAACCCCGGCAGAGUCGUUGGUCGCAUGGACUGUGUGCACGCAGUCAAGUGAACAUAUCCUUCAAGAAGGGUGGAGGAGUUUCCCCAGCGGACACAGCAGCUUCUCAUUUGCUGGAUUGGGCUAUUUGACACUGUUCCUGUGCGGCCAGAUGCGCAUUUUCCGACCCCGGACCGACCUAUGCCGUUGUCUAGUGGCAUUCGUACCGCUAUUGUGCGCCCUUAUGAUCGCAAUCUCCCGCUUGGACGACUAUCGUCAUGACGUCUACGAUGUUACGUGCGGCUCAAUCCUUGGCUUCUUUGUGGGCCAAUUCUCGUACCGCCGCUAUUUCCCACCCCUGCGCUCAGUCACAUGCGACGAGCCUUACGGAAGGGAAGAGAUCUCAGGCUCUGACGGCUUUUCCAAAAUUGCGGAUGAUGAAGAGCAGCAGAUAGGAUCAGCCUCGCGCCAAUGGGAGGCUCGGGAGGAGUCCUAUGCACUUGCCCAGGCGACGUCGCCUCGUGGUCGGUAGCCAUACUCUUUCUACUUAUUUUUUCGUUGUAUUCUGUGAUACCCUAGAGCUAUGUGGGGGCGGUACAUGGUUAUUGUUUGCUUUUUGCUACUCUGAUCCUGUCUACCAGUGAUUUGUAUCUUGCAUGUUUGGAUAAAUCCUAUUCCUGGUAUUAUAUAUUUUGGAAUUGUCUCUUCUCUACUUGCACGCGCUAUAACUUGGAUAUAUCCCUGUAUCUCACAUUCGUCCAUUCUUUCACAUCACGGAAAUCCAUGACUUUGU